UAUAUCAAAUCUGAUUCACAUGGUCAAAACUAUCAAAUCAAAUUUUAAUAAAGAGCAUUAAAACAAAAUGUUUGCGCAAAACUAUAAAUCGCUUGUAUCCGAUGCCCAAGUAUUUAGAACAAUGCAAUCCGAAUACGAACCGAGAGUGAACCAACUGGAAAAAGAUGUUUACGAGUGCUGCCGAAUGUUGAACCAAGUCGAAAAAGUCAAAGAUAACACCACUAUAUGGAAAAACCCCAGGGAUGUGGAAAAGUAUGUAUCCUGGGAGUUCGAUAUGCGAGAUUUUCCCAUGGCAAAUAUUCGCAUUCAACUGAAGAAUGAACUCGUUUACGUUCGCGCCUAUUAUAAGAAUCGGAAUAUCAAGCGAGAGAUUAUUAUGCCCCAAAAUGUGGAUACCUCAAAACUUACGGCGAUGCUGACACCCUGCGGAAUUCUUACUAUAUCUGUUCCUAUAGUACUACUGGUAUCAGACGAUCAGAAGACGAGGUUCUGAACUAUUCCAUAUAAU